AGAAAAUAGAUGGUAUAAAAAUUCCACAUGAAUUGAAGUUACCGUCGAGCGUAACAAUGCAUAUGACAAAGAAGGAUUUAAUUCAUAGAGCUUUCAAUUGGUAUACAGCAGAGAAGAAAGUUUCAAAAAAGUCUGACGAAGAAUUGAAAGCAAUUGCUUUUGCUUGGAUCGCUAGUGUUACUAAAGAAAGAAAGAAAACAAGAAACGUCGUUACAACUACGCUUUCACCAAGAGAUAAAAUAUUAAAAGAUAAUCGUUUGAGGCAAAUAAGUCGUGAAUUAUUUAACCAAUUAGAUACAAACAACUUUACGAAAAAUAAGCCCCAUAAAAAAAGUAUUAAACCUCAAGAGGAUAAUUAUCUGACACUAAAGUUGAAUAAGGACGCAAACGAAAUGGAUUCGUUUAAAGAUUCAUUCGUUUCGUUUACAUCCGAUAAAUCGAAAUUUCAAAAUUUACUUGUCAGAAAUAAAAAAAAUUAAUGUAAAAAAUGAUCAUCAAUAUUCACUAUAUAAUUAUAGAGAAAAAGAAUGAAGCAGUAUUACUAAAAGAAACAUUUCA